GUAGUCCAGAAGCAAAAAUGUUGGCAACCACUUCGUGAAAUAGCUCAGAGACAGCUGGCCUUAACAUGACAGGCCCAGCCCCCGGGAAGUAGAGACUUUGAAAGUGUCCCCCAUGAGCCCCAUACCAAGCCUGUCUCCACCUUGCCAUCGAUGCAGUGACCCCUGUACCUGCUCUUGCCUUCUGAGCUGGCUCAGGAAGCUGUGUUAUGCUCUGGGUGGGGGAUGUCAUCCAGCUGGAUCCCUGCUGAUGGCUCGGGACUCCCCUCUCUAGGAGACAGGAAUUCCUAGAGACAGCUCCAAACCUGAGAAUACAAGUCCUUGAAGAAAAGGAGGAGGCCCAGGCAACCUGGACCCCUCCCUCUUCCUCCCUUCUAUCUCCAACUGGCCUCAGGAUCCAUACACACUCAAACUGUGGGGUCCUGUGACUCCCAGCAGAGGGGUGAGCUGGGCCUCCUGAUUCUGUUUUGGGUGGUCCAAGUGACCCAGGAAUGGCUAGGGUUUUCUCAGUGAAGUAGUGAUUUGUUUUUCUCCUAGCUAGAUGGUAACAGUGUCUGGGGUGAGGCUCAGGAAGGGAGGGCAGGCAGGACCUGGCAGGCAGGAGCUCCUGCAUCAUCCCAGGAAGGCACGGAAGGAGGAGAAGGUACCCGUACUUCUCUCUCUAGGGCCAUUACCAAAGCUUGCAUCUCCAACUCUAGGAUAUCCCUGACCAUCACUACUUAUUCUCUGGUGGCUGUGGUGGAGAAGGGCUACCUGUAAUGUUCGUUCCAUCUAAAUCCAGAGCCAUGCUGGCACAAAAGGUUGUAUCCUUGUAGCCAACAUAACAAAUUGGAGGUCAGGCCCUGAGCUUGAUAAGGCUAGCCUCUCACUUUGCUACUGUUUCUCUUGUAGCUGCCAGUUCACACCUCUUAGAGUGCUGUUUUUUGACAGCCUUGGCUGCAGACUGGAGUGGGUUGGCUGUAGGAGGAAGUUGAGGGGCAGACAGCUUCAUGGAGGGUGUGCCAGAGAGCUGCUGGUGAUAGAGUUGUGGGUUCCCAAUCAUCAGGAGGGUGGCAGAGACCCUUGUGUCACGAUCAUAAUUCUUUCCUUGGUGUGGGGCCCGGGUCCUCCUUGUACUGUUGAGUCUGUGGCGAGUCAGCAUGCCAUGAGUACCAGCUGCAUGAAGGAACAUUAGGAGAGAGGGAUAGUAGCUGCCCUUGGGGGUUGGGUACUGACCCAGGAGACAUUUGUCACCUGAGCACUGUGCACAGGGGUAUAUAGCCCUUAGAUACAUUGGAUAAAAGUCCAGACCCUGUCUACCAAACAAAAAGCCUACAGUAGUCUACCAAUCGACCCUGGGGUGUUCUAGGUCCCUGAAUCUUCUUUGGGCUCAGAAAAAUAGGGCACACAUGAGUUGGUCAUUUAGGCUGUAGGUAAUGGACAGUGUCCAGCUAGUUGCUGUUCCACUGCAAAGCUGGCUUUGCCAUAAACACUAGUAUGUCUGCUCUUAGAGAGACCCAUCUUAGGAGAGGGGGCUCCCAGGGGACAGGAAUAAGGUAAGCAGAGGGAACCCUCCAAGCCUGUGGUCCUCCUCAGCAGAGAAAGAGGCAGAGGGGUAUCCCUACAGGCUCAAGGGAUGGCCUGGAAGACCCACUCCUUCUCCUUGCUCUUCUGUGAUCAGCAAGGACUAUCCCCAGAGUACUGUUAGCUGGAAAGUCACAGGUGGAGUUGUAUGGCUGACCAGCCCUAUGCCCUCCACUGAGGUCAAGUUUCUACCAGUUUAGCCAGAAUUGAGUCCUAAAGGGGAAUGCCCAUGAAAGGGGCGGGGGGGGCAGGAGGCUGGAGGCUGGCAUGCACAUGAAAGUCUCUCAGCUUUGCCCUCCUGCUGCCUCCCACCAAAGCAGACCCACCAAAUGUAGCAACUGUGCCGCCUGAAAAGCUGGACAGUGACACAUGCCAGAGAGCAACCCAGUGUGAGGGUGACCACCUACUCCAGCUGGUCCUCCUGCUCUAGCUGGGUCUAGCCCAUCUCUGUGUGAUGGGUAUUGAUUUAAUGAAGCAUUUCUGUGCUAUGAAACACAGCCUCAUACCCUAUCUAGCCUGUGGUCUUUGAGCUAGAAGCUCAAAGGCAGGAGGCAGCUCUACAGAGCCUCCCCAAAUCACCCAACUUGGCUUCUUUCCCCCACAGAACUUCCUCAUGGAUCCCCACAGCUGGUACGAAGGGACAUCGGGCUCCCAGUAACACAUAGGUUCUCCACAAAGUCAUGGUUGUCGCAGGUCUGCAAUGUGUGCCAGAAGAGCAUGAUGUUCGGCGUGAAGUGCAAGCAUUGCAGGUUAAAAUGUCAUAAUAAGUGUACAAAGGAAGCUCCCGCCUGCAGAAUAUCCUUCCUCCCACUAGCCAGGCUUCGGAGGACAGAGUCUGUCCCCUCAGAUAUCAACAACCCAGUGGACCGAGCAGCAGAGCCCCAUUUUGGAACCCUUCCCAAGGCCCUAACCAAGAAGGAGCACCCUCCAGCCAUGAACCUGGACUCCAGCAGCAACCCAUCCUCCACCACGUCCUCCACACCGUCAUCGCCGGCGCCUUUCCUGACCUCAUCUAACCCCUCCAGUGCCACCACGCCCCCCAACCCAUCACCUGGCCAGCGGGACAGCAGGUUCAACUUCCCAGCUGCCUACUUCAUUCAUCAUAGACAACAGUUUAUCUUCCCAGACAUUUCAGCCUGUCCUCAGGCAGCCCCGCUGUCCAGCACAGCCGACAGUACACGGCUUGAUGACCAGCCCAAAACAGAUGUGCUGGGUGUUCCCGAAGCAGAGGCCGAGGAGCCUGAGGCUGGCAAGUCAGAGGCAGAAGAUGAUGAGGACGAGAUUGAUGACCUCCCCAGCUCCCGUCGGCACUGGCGGGGCCCCAUCUCUCGGAAAGCCAGCCAGACCAGCGUCUACCUGCAAGAGUGGGAUAUCCCCUUUGAACAAGUGGAACUGGGCGAGCCCAUUGGGCAGGGCCGUUGGGGCCGUGUGCACCGAGGCCGUUGGCAUGGCGAGGUGGCCAUUCGGCUUCUGGAAAUGGAUGGCCACAACCAGGACCACCUGAAGCUGUUCAAGAAAGAGGUGAUGAACUACCGGCAGACCCGGCAUGAGAACGUGGUGCUCUUCAUGGGGGCCUGCAUGAACCCACCUCACCUGGCCAUUAUUACCAGCUUCUGCAAGGGGCGGACACUGCAUUCAUUUGUGAGGGACCCCAAGACGUCUCUGGAUAUCAACAAGACCAGGCAGAUCGCCCAGGAGAUCAUCAAGGGCAUGGGGUAUCUUCAUGCAAAAGGCAUCGUGCACAAGGACCUCAAGUCCAAGAAUGUCUUCUAUGACAAUGGCAAAGUGGUCAUCACAGACUUCGGGCUGUUUGGGAUUUCGGGCGUGGUCCGAGAGGAACGGCGAGAGAACCAACUGAAACUGUCACACGACUGGCUGUGCUACCUGGCCCCCGAGAUUGUACGGGAAAUGAUACCCGGGAGGGACGAGGACCAGCUGCCCUUCUCCAAAGCCGCCGAUGUCUAUGCGUUUGGGACGGUGUGGUAUGAACUGCAGGCAAGAGACUGGCCCUUUAAGCACCAACCUGCCGAGGCCUUGAUCUGGCAGAUUGGAAGUGGGGAAGGAGUAAAGCGUGUCCUGGCAUCCGUCAGUCUGGGGAAGGAAGUCGGAGAGAUCCUGUCUGCCUGCUGGGCUUUUGACCUGCAGGAAAGACCCAGCUUCAGCCUGCUGAUGGACAUGCUGGAGAAGCUACCCAAGCUGAACCGGCGGCUCUCCCACCCUGGGCACUUUUGGAAGUCGGCUGAGUUGUAGACCUGGCUGUCUUGCAUGCCCGGGGGCUUCCUUUCUCCUAAUCACCAACUCAGCUUCCUGACUUCCGUUAAGACUCCAAACGCCAGCCAGCGGCACUAACCCAGGGGACACCGGCUCUGCUGCUCCAGACUCCUCCCUGUGCUCUGUUUUUAACAGCUUCCCUCCCCACCACAUGGCCAGUGGGUGCCUGACUUGUGUCACUGCCAGGGGAGGAUGGCACUAACAGUGACCCCCUCAAGGCAGACGAACAGCCUUCAGCUGCCUUCGUGGAUAAGACGGUCUUUUCUCUCUUGUUCUCCAGAGAGUGGCUCUUGCUUGUGUUCCUCUGCUCCCCAGCCCUUACUAACACCUUCUUGAGCCCCUGCUGAGCAUGCUCAGAGGAUGGGGAGGGGCAUGGUGACCCUGGGGACGGUGUCCUGCAAAGGGUGUCACAGUUCAGAACUGCCCAGAGCCAGCACUAAGGUCAUGGACCCUGACUAGAGUCCUCUCUCUUGCAGAUAGGACAGCACACACACACACACACACACACACACACACACACACACACACACACACACACACACACACAAUUGUGUUGCUGUGAAAGGCAUCAGUUCAGAAAGGCUAGGUCCUUAGGAGCCACACUCAAAACUGUGGUAAACAAAGCGAUACCUGCCACCAGAGCUUAGUAAUGGAGGCAAACCUGCUGAUACACAUUACAACACCAUCUGUCAGGAGUUCAUGUCUGUCCCUGAUCAGAUUUCUGCAGUUGGGCUCAGGAUUCCACUCCAUAGCAGCCUCAGCAGACCCCAUGUGAGCACCAUUUCUAAAAGGAGUGUAUGACAUCGCCAGUCCUCAGGCCUGCCUCACCCAGUUCCACAGCCACGUGGAGCAGCCAGUACAGAAACCAUACAUGCUACCACCAUGCUGGGUGCUGGGCGGUCAGGUGAACACACCACUGUUUCCCCCUCAUCCCUGCCAGCUAGGGAAUGUGACCGAGGACUUACGGUGGCCAGAUCACCUCUGCCACAGCUAUGGACCGAGAAGUUGGCAUCACUGAGCUCCUCUGCUUAGCCAGCGACACCUUAGCUCUGGAUGAGAGCAGCAGAGCCAUAACCCGUGUCUCUGCUCCUCUUUACAGUGCUAACAGCAGCAAAGUCAUGCCCCGCUUUGAAAGGUUUGGCCUGGGGACCCUGGAGUCCAGUAAUCCAAAGAUGUAGCCAGCCAUGCACGUUCAUGCAGACAGCGUCUUCCUUUCUGAAACAUGAUGACGAGACAUGCAAACUACCACAAGGAAUCAGAAACAUUGCAUCCCAGGCUGCGGACUAGGAGCAUGACUCCUCCAUGAAGAACGCGCAUCACCGUGUGUGGAGCUCGGGAUUGCAGCCGUCCACUCGACCCCAGAUGAUACCACCACAGCCAGUGUUUACACAGAGGUUUCUGCCCAGCAAGCUUGGUGUUUUACAGUUUGUAAGGAUAAUUCUGCAGAAGGGUGCUGGCACUGUGGAGCAGCAGCAAUGCCUCCCCUCCCCCUUCCGGAGGGGCCCAGGGCUGAGCCAGAAGGAAGAGGAAAAGCAAAAGGCAGCAUGAAUGUGGCUGUUUUGGGAAAAGGGCAUGUGGCAGGCUUGCCUUGGCCUGUGCUUGGGCCCCGAACCACACUAAGGAGCAACAGCCUUGGUUGGGAAUCUGUCUGGAUUACAGGGUCAGAGUUCCUGGAGAGCUGGAGUCCAUUUCUGCUCUGACCCAGGUUUGCUGUGCUUUUUUAAAAAAACAAAAGUACAGACAGAAUCUCUGUGGCUUCUAGACCGAGCUGAUGGAUCUUAGCCUGGCUCCUACUGCAGGGGGAGGGAAAUAGCCACACAUCUGUGGAGAUACCCACAUCUUAUCUGAGGCCUCCGGGUAGGGAUGAAGGCUGUGGAACUCAGCCUCUGUCAUCAGACACCUUCCGGUGCCUGAUUUACACCUCUUCCCGGAGCUGAGGGCUAGUCCAUCUGGUGUGUGUUCAGUCAGUUCUUGGUUAAGGAGAGCAGGGAAGUUGGCAGACGCAGCCUGCAGUGGCCCUAGCACCUUAAAACCCAUUGUCUGUCACCCCAGAAUGUUCUAGACCUACUGCCACUUCCCCUUCCCCAUCUCAUGGAAACCUUUUAGCCCAUUCUGUCCCCUGUGCAUGCUCUGAACUCAGAUUGGGUUAUCAGACUGUCCAGGUACAUCAGUUAGGUAAGCUCUGAUCUGAGCCUUAGACCUCUCCGUUCAUUCCCAUGAGCAGUAGGGGCCAGACUGGAGUAAAUCAGCUGUGCUCCCCAGAAACUGUCAGCUGCCAAGCACGUUGGUCCUUGAGCAGAGGGUAGGCAGCAUCAGACUCCACAAUCAGAGGAGGGAAGAAAUGGGGGUGUAGUGGAAAUGUGGUUGGAUUCAGACCCACAGGCUUAAAGUCCCACUUUGGAAUGGCCAUGUGGCUCCCUCUCAGUUAAACUCCCAGUAAAGUGUCAAUUUUCAGAGCUCUCCACAGCACCCAAGUCUGGUCCGGGUGCCUCUUAAAACAGGCCACUCUCGGGGUUGGGGAUUUAGCUCAGUGGUAGAGCGCUUGCCUAGCGAGUGCAAGGCCCUGGGUUUGGUCCCCAGCUCCGGAAAAAAAAAGAAAAAAAAAGAAAAAAAAAAAAAAAAAAAAAACAGGCCACUCUCUGAGAAGUUGUGGAAACUCCCCGCUCCCCUAGCGCAUUUGUUCCUGCUACAGGACAGUUGGGAUAGUAGCAUCUUGACCCUGCCUCAGGGUAGGAAGGAAGAGCCUCUCUUCAGCUCGUGGGCUGUCCAGUCAUUUCUCCACCCCUCAGAUUUCCACAGUAGCCCUUGAUGUGACCUCCCUACUUCAAAACACAUAGUGUGUGCCCAUUGCCUCGGGCAGUCUCAGGCCUGCACCUUCCCAGAGGCCACAGUGCAUAAGGCUCUGGCCAGUCCCCUCACCAGGACAUGAGCCAUCAGGCUACCAGCUGAGUCAACCCUUUCAGCUAUCCCCUGACACCAAAUCACAGCAGACAGCACAUACCCACUGACAGCGAGCCUAGGUCUUGCUGUAUACUGUGAGCAUCCCGGAUCAGACCGUUUUGAGCCCUGCAUUGAAUGCGGUCUUAUGCGUGUGCUGAGAACCAGAUAGGAAUAGUCGUGGUCCCUGGCUUGAGGAGCUGGCCAUCUUCUGGGGGCCAAUUCUCUUGGGGCCGACAUCUGCCAAGGGUGGACCUGUAUGUAGUGCUGGAACCCUCCUCCUCAUUCUCCAGGUCCUGCUUCUGUUCUGCCCUUCAUGUAAGAGAGUUCCCCACCCUGGUUCCCACUUUCUAGUAAGUGACUGUGAAUUGAUGUUAGGAAAGCUCACCUCCUGUGUACCCUCCUUAUCUCCUGGGAAACACAUGAAGGAUGACAGAUACUGUGAAUUCAGCCCCCAUGGCCACUAUGAAGGCAAUGAAAAAGGCCCAAGCUGCAGAGAACCUGCCCACCUAAAGUGUGAGGCACUUUUCCCAUCAGAGUGGCAAGAAGUGAGUCCUAGCUAGCGCUGGGCCGCUCCUCUCCUAAUGCAUCCAAUCAAAGCCCUGGGCCAUUGUCUUCUUGUGCUCCAGGCAGGGAGUGGCAAGCCUGUGUUUCUCUGUAGUGACAGGGUGGGGUGGAACAGCCAUACUGUGCUCAGCGCUAGCCAGGAGUGAUCAGUGUGUACACCUAGCGUCUUCUGUGGCCACGAGGCAGACAUUUCUUUUGAAUGUGAUGUAAAAUUUGUACAGUAAAAGUUUUUAUAUUUUCUAUCAAUUGCAUUUGUCUUCCAGAAAUGCUUUAAUUUAAAUUAAAAUGGUUAGUCUUGAUGAAUGUGUUAUAUUGGGGUUUUUGCCACUGCUAAGAAUGAAUGUACCCUGUGGCUAAGCCAGGCCUAGGGGUCUGGAGUUUGUGAAUAAAGUUUACAAAGGUG